AUGCCGCUCGUCCCAUUCUACGAUUCCGUUAUGCCGGCCAGUAAUAUGGGCGGACAUGCGUCUAUCUCUCAGUCGGACGUCUUGCGUUUGUCAACCCUGUAUCCGGAAUCCGCGAUGCCUCUGACUGUCAAGCAUCCAGAAUUAUCGCCCCCAAAGUCCAACAUGCAACUUGAGACCAGCGAAGACCAAGUCUGGACCGAAUCGAUCUGGGGCAAUGUAUCCAGAUUGGAACGUACACAACCCAUGACGCAAGCACAAAUGCAACCGGCGCUCACUCUGAGUAACCAAGUCGCCGAACCAAACCAGUUACCUACCUAUCCGCAAUCGAGCCUAGAGGCUCAGCGACUUUUGGAGAGAGAGCAGCAAUCAGCUCAAGAGGCCUUGAACCAGCAGCGAGCUCUUUCUCAUCUCUAUCCUGCUGUGUCACCGUCGGGCUACGCCAUCGAAGAGUUUGCCGAGACCGCUCAGCUAAACGACUUCAUGCAGGAUCGUCUAAACGUCGGAGCCAAAGAAAAUCAAAUACUUCCCUCGGGGCUUCCAUCUAUUCCCAUGUUCUCCGUUCGACCUCGCUCCCAUCCGUAUAGCAUCUCAUCUCGGUUCCCCGGCUCACCACGGCUGGUUGCUGGCUCAGGGAUGGCAAUCCUUGGGGGUGGUCCAGGUACUUUGCUGGAACGUCGGGGAAGCAACCGUUCAAUCCGACCUCGUCAGACAAAGUCGCCGGCGUUCAACACGGCAUACCUUGCGAAUCUCCGACGACCGAUGCCAUUUGCCGCCUCCGCCUUGGAGAGGGCACCGGCAGAUCUCUAUGGACGCCCUCUCAGUGAUUCAGUGAGCACUAUGUCUAUCCCAGGGUCAACGUCCACGGUAGCAGCGACUCUUCCACCGGAAAGCCCGUUUUCUCCCGCGAGAUCUAUCAAUGUUCUCGAAUCGCCAAAUCCUCACCGUGCAUCUAUCACUGGUCAACCCAUGUCACCUAUCAAGGAAUCAACGUCCUUUUUAUACGGCUCGACGAUGCCUCCUGCGUCUAUGACCGGUGGCUCGUUACGCCUGGAUCGUGGACAAAGUGUUGGACAGAUUAGCCGCCCGACAACGGCAACCAAGACAUCCUCUACCGCCGGAUCCUCGCCACCCUCGGCUCCGGAGACGAGCCCCAGGAUACCAGGUGCAUCCUCUACAAACACGUUUGGUGCAGGGCCCGGUCCAACGACAGAACGACUGCAAUCUCAACCGCGCGCCACAGCAACUCGGAAGCGAGCCGACGAAGACAUUAUCUCUGUAUCUUUCCGCACAGAGGGUGACUGGCAACGACGAGCUGUUCUGGACAACAUUCUUCAUGCACCUUUCCUCGCAAACCAUACGAUGGAACCCAAUAACACUGGUGCAGACGACCCACUGACGAUGGGCUUGGGACCAGAGGGCAAGAGCGUGUACGCAGUCUUCUUGGAACAGACGGAGAGAAGUCAGUGGCGAUGCCUCUUUGGUGAUCGUGAGCGGCCAUGCGGAAGCCAAGCGACGAGCUUCAAGAGGCUCGAGAGGGCCCUUGAUCACGUUCGCAGCCACCUCAACCAUCGACCGUACGCGUGCAACAAGGAGUGUCAGAAGGGGGAUGCCUGCGACGCGAGAUUCUUUGCUCGCAGCCACCUUCAAGACCAUGUGAAACGAACAGAAAGCGCAUGCUGCGAAACAUGCGGCCAGGUGAUUCGCAUCCAAAAUAUGCCUCGGCAUCGAUUGGCCCACUGA